AUGACCUGCAUCAAACUGCUGACCUUGGCUCAGAGGUACAACCCCAGUCAGCCUCUGGCCACGCCGCUUUGCACGGUGGAACCGACGAUCGAGUUUACCACGCGGCUAGCCAAACUGCUGGUAAGGAAAACCCAACGACCGAUCUAUGUGGGCAACUCCAUAAGCUUUGCGAGCACCGGACUGGGCGGGACUGUGGAUGAGGAGAUGGACGCGUUCAAGAAAGUCGUCGAGGUCACUCUGUCCCAAUUAAAGCCCGUCAUUGAGGCUGCCUAA